CCCCCCUCGGCCGGUCACGCGCGUCCCGGGCGAAGGUCCGCGGCUGCUGCGCCGGCGCCGAGAGGCUGCAGGAGCCGAAGGGCCAUCACGGCCGGAGAAGGCGAGCAGCUCGCCCCGUCCCCUCCGCCAGGACCCAGCGAUGGCGGCGGCCGAAGCGCGCGGGCGACCGGGCAGCCCCCCGGGCAGUGUGGCGGCGCCGGGCGGCCCGCUGCCCAUGAACCUGUUCGCGGCCUGGGAGGUGGACGGCUCCGGCCCCAGCUGCGUCCCGCGGUUGUGCAGCUUGACUUUGAAGAAACUGAUUGUAUUGAAAGAAUUGGAUAAAGAUCUCACUUCUGUGGUAAUUGCAGUCAAAAUGCAGGGUUCAAAACGAAUAUUGCGGUCUCAUGAAAUUGUGCUGCAUUCUAGUGGGCACGUAGAAACGGAACUUGCACUGACAUUUUCCCUGCAGUAUCCUCAUUUCUUGAAAAGAGAAGGCAACAAACUUCAGAUCAUGCUGCAGAGGAGGAAGCGGUAUAAAAACAGAACAAUUCUGGGCUACAAAACUUUGGCAAUGGGAUCUGUGAACAUGGUGGAGGUAUUGCAGCACCCAAAAGAAGGAGUCCAAGUUUUGAACCUUUUCAGCAGCAUCAAGGAAACUGCAGUCAAAGUAGCAGAGAUCUGGAUCUUCUCACUGUCCAGUCAGCCAAUAGACCAAGAAGACACUGCUAUACACAUGAGCCAGAAAAUCAAGUCUGCAGACAACUAUUCCGAAGAGGAAUAUGAAAGCUUCUCUUCAGAACAAGAAGCCAGUGAUGAUGCUGUCCAGGGACAGGAUUUGGAUGAUGAUGAGUAUGAGUUGGGAAAGCCAAAGAAGCAGUGGAGAUCGAUAGUAAGAACAGCAUCCAUAACCAGGCAGCAAAACUUCAAGCAAAAAGUAGUGGCCCUGUUGAGAAGGUUUAAAGUAUCUGACGAGAAAAAAAAGGUGCCGAUACUCUGGGCAGUUGCCCUGGCUGAAAAAUUUCCUCGGGGCCAGGUAAAACAAUUACAUGUUUUGGAUUCUGAGCAGGAUCCAGCUGACCAUGUCCCAGAAGUAGAAGAAGAUCUAGACCUUCUCUAUGAUACACUUGAUAUUGAAAAUCCUAGUGACAGCGGCCCUGACAUGGAAGAUGAUGACAGUGUCCUGAGUACUCCUAAGCCAAAGCUAAAACCUUACUUUGAAGGAAUGUCACAUUCAAGCUCUCAAGCAGAAAUCGGAAGCCUCCACAGCAUCAGAAACCAGAGAGAGCCACCCAGUCCUGUUGAAGUGCCUGAAGAGGACAAGAAUAUUGGAAGCAGACAACCAGCAGCCAACAUCUCUGACACCGUGUCUUAUGAAAAUAAACAUCAAGAAGACACAGAAACUGAACUGUCUCCCCUGGAUAGCUUCAUGGAAAAGGCUCCGCUAAGUGGCAGGAUGACAAAGACAGAAUCCCUCAUAAUUCCUUCCAGCAGCUCCUUUCGAUCGGAAGUGAAGCAUUUGGGACGCAGAGGCAGAAGCACAUCUCUGAAGGAAAGGCAGCCCGCUAAGCAGCAGAAUGAGAGAGCCAACAGCCUGGACAACGAACGCUCUCCAGGCACCAGGCAUCGCUUGCAGAUCCCUAGGAAAACUGUGUACGACCAGUUGAAUCACAUCUUGAUCUCAGAUGAUCAGCUACCAGAAAAUAUCAUUCUGAUCAAUACCUCUGACUGGCAAGGACAGUUUCUUUCAGAUAUCUUGCAAAAGCAUGCCCUUCCAAUCGUCUGCACAUGCUCUUCUGCAGAUAUCCAGGCAGCUUUCAGCACCAUUGUCUCUAGAAUACAGAGAUACUGCAACUGCAAUUCUCAGCCUCCCAAUCCAAUUAAAAUUGCAAUUGCGGGAGCCCAGAAUUAUCUCAGUGCUGUGCUGAGGCUCUUUGUAGAACAACUGUCUCACAAAACCCCAGACUGGCUCAGCUACAUGAGAUUUCUUAUCAUACCAGUAGGUUGUCAUCCGGUGGCAAAGUAUCUGGGUUCCGUUGAUUGUCAGUAUAACUACUUCUUCCAAGAUUUGUCCUGGAAAGAUUUAUUUAACAAACUCGAAGCACAAAAUGCUGUCCAGGAACCGCCUGAUAUUGUCUCCAGAAUAACUCAGUACCUAGUGGGAGCAAACUGUGCCCACCAGUUGCCCAUUGCAGAAGCCAUGUUGACAUACAAGCGGAAAAGGAAAAAGAACUUUCAUUUUGAAUUUAAUAUAAGCCCAGAUGAAGAAUCUGCUCAGAAGUUCAUCCCUUUUGUUGGAGUGGUAAAGGUUGGAAUAGUUGAACAGUCCUCUGCAACUUCAGUGCUGCAACAGAAGUAUAUUGUCCAGAUCAAGGGAAGCAGUAGUCUCAGCUCUGUUCUGCAACCAGUUCUGAGCACCACAGUUGAAGAAGGGUUUUGACAAGCUGGAAGGUGUGCAGAUGCUGGAGCCCUUCUGCCUUGGCAAGACCGCAUCGGAGCAUCACAUCUCCCUCCCUAAGCGGGCAAAAGCUUCCCGGGUUUUGGGAAGGAGGCACCAGACUUUAAUACUCUAAUUUGCGGCUUGGGACCCUCGUACCUACGGGACCGCCUCUCCUGGUAUGCCCCGCGGAGGACCUUAAGGUCCACAAACAACAAUAUUCUGGAGAUCCCGAGCCAUAAGGUGGCUACUAGGGCCAGGGCCUUUUCAGUAUUGGCCCCAACUUGGUGGAACGCUCUUUCACAGGAGACCAGGGCCCUGCGGGAUUUUUCAUCUUUCCGCAGGGCCUGCAAGACAGAGCUGUUCCGCCUGGCCUUUGGGUUGGACUUAGUCUGACCCCUGUGUUUUCCUCCCUCAUGGCUUGGAUUUAUGGACUACUUAAAAUGAGGCUGCAUUUUAAAUUCUAAUACUGUAUUUUAAUCUGUAUUUUGAAUUAAUUGCUUUUUAUGUUUUAUUGUAAUUUUAUUGGUGUGAGCUGCCCUGAGCCCGGUUUUGACUGGGGAGGGCGGGGUAUAAAUAAAAAUUUAUUAUUAUUAUUAUUAUUAUUAUUAUUAUUAUUAUUAAUUUACCGAGAACGUUUAGGGGACUAGUGUAGUCUCCCUAGUCCACUGACCUCACUCCAUUGCUUGCACGAGGUCUUUCACCUUCCUACCCAGAGUCUCAUAGUCCCUUGCUAUAUGUUGAAUGCUGUUUCUGGCAGUACGGUAUCAUUUUUUAUCCACAUGGCUCUCCGUAGACCCCUGACUAACUUCCUCUCAGCACUAGCCGUCCCCCUCAGACCAUGUGCUGAAGCAGAGCACAGCAAAACACACACCAAACAGCUCAGGCAAGCGAACAGCUCUUCUCCAGAAGUCACAAGCUCACUUUGUACUGUCUCUUCCACUAAUCCCUCACAAACAUCCUCAAGCAAAUCAGAAGGAAAGCAGAAUGUAUGCUCCUUGCCAUAGAACCACCCCGAAAACCAAUCAGAUGCUCAAUAAAGACAAUACAAUUUAACCUCCAUGUCAGCUUUGUGUGAGCAAAUGGGGAUGAAAGCUCUGCAGGAUCCCCUACAUCAGCAAAGCUAAAUCAGUGAUUUAUUAUCAUUUAUUCCAUUCCUUUGGAAAGAUACACUAACCUGACUUGUGAGUAAUUUGGGAGGGUAUAACUUCAUUUUCGUUAUAAGCUUUCUUAUUCACCUUAGUUUUCUUUCCCCACUCUGUGUGUGUUGUAAUAUAUGUAUUUCAAGUUCAAUAAAAUAAGAUACUGAACAGACCUUCCUAAAAGGAUUGUGGAAAAUUACAAAAUUAACAUUUUAAAAGAAAUCGCUACUCCAUUUUUCUACUUCCCCCAGUCUCAUCUAGAUCCUCUAAAUUCUUCUGCCAUUGUCAAUAUUACAGUACAGUGGUACCUCGGUUUAUGAACACAAUUGGUUCCGGAAGUCUGUUCAUAAACCGAAGCGUUCAUAAACCGAAGCAAACUUUCCCAUUGAAAGUAAUGGAAAGUGGAUUAAUCCGUUCUAGACGAUGAGAAAAACCCCUAAAGCAGCAAUUUAACAGAGCGCUUCCGUGGCUGAAGCCCAGUCGUGGAAGCGCUCUCCGGCCUCUGGGAGGCAUCGGAGCGAAGGCCCGGCCUCCCUGAAGGCAUCGGACGCUCAGUAGGCUUCGGGCACCUUGGUUUACUAACCUCCGAGUUAGGAGUGUUCGUAAACCGAAAAUUCGUAAACUGAGGUGUUCGUAAACCGAGGUACCACUGUAUUACUACUACGACUAUCAUCACUGAUAAUAAUAAAGCAUAAUAUCAUAUAUUAAUUAAUAAGUGCCUAACAUUUUCUAAGUGCUUAACUAAUAUUAAGAUAGCUCAUUCUUACAGGCUUGUUUUGUAAUAGGCAUGAUGGCAAAAGAGAGGAGGAGAAGAAAGUGAGCACCACAGCAGCUUCGUCUUCCCUGGCCCAGGGAAAGGAGGAUGGGCUCUCCUUGAGGGGUGGGCUGCAGUCUUAGGGUAACCGGUGGCUGAAACCAGCUGCUCUUUCUGAGGCAGAAGGGUCCUCUGCACCUCGUCCUUCUCUGGCUGAGGGACCUGGCAAUGCUGGCUUCCACCUUG